AUGGCGGUGUUCUCUGCUCUGUGGGUGCUCCUGCUGUGCCAGCUUCUGACUUCAUCCUCAGCCCAGAGGCCGGGCCCCAGAGGAUCUCCAGGGCCAUCAGGACCCUUUGGACCACCAGGAAAGGAUGGCACUGAUGGGAAAGACGGACCCGCUGGACUGCCAGGGAAAGCUGGUCCUAAAGGGAAAGCAGGAAUACCGGGCUCUCUGGGGAAACCAGGCCUGCCAGGACUUCCAGGAGUUGAUGGUUUGACGGGUCCUGAUGGUCCUGCUGGGAAGGAUGGGCCCCCGGGGGAAGCAGGUGACUCUGGACCUUCGGGGCCAGCUGGACCUCCUGGCAGAGGGAGAACAGGAGCUGCAGGAUUACCUGGAACCAACGGGUUGCCGGGCGGAGUCGGACCCCAGGGUUCAGCCGGAGCUGAGGGUCUUUCAGGACUUCCCGGACCUGCUGGCUCUGAUGGACCCCCAGGUCUUCCUGGUACUCUUCAUGACCUCAGCGGUGACCUUCUGUGUCCUGCAAUCUGCCCCUCUGGUCCCUCUGGGCCUCCUGGGAUGCCGGGAUUCAAGGGUCACACAGGACAUAAAGGAAUCAAAGGAGAGGUUGGAAAAGAUGGAGAGAAGGGCGACUCUGGUCCACCUGGUCCACCGGGUAUUCCUGGCACUGUGGGUCUGCAGGGCCCACGUGGUUUGAGAGGUUUACAGGGACCAAUGGGAGCUGUAGGAGACAGAGGUUUUCCUGGUUUCAGAGGCAAAUCUGGCAUCGCCGGCAUCAUCGGAAAGACAGGUGAUGCUGGAGAAAAGGGACCACAGGGAUUCAGGGGACCCAAAGGAGAAAUUGGUAAAAUUGGUCCCAAAGGAGGCCCAGGGGGAUCAGGACCCAAAGGGGAUCCUGGUAUUCCUGGCAGAGAUGGCAAAGAUGGUACGCCGGGAUUAGAUGGCGAGAAGGGUGAUGCCGGACGCCACGGAAUCGUCGGAGAGAAAGGACCAAACGGCCUUCCUGGUCUACAAGGAAAGGCUGGUACAAAGGGAUCUACAGGAGAAGUUGGUGAUGUGGGGACGACUGGGGAGACAGGGCCCUCUGGAGAGCCAGGUAUUCCUGGUGACAUUGGUGUCCCAGGAGAGAGAGGGAUAGCAGGACCCAGAGGAGUGACUGGAGGAAUUGGACCAGUGGGCAACACUGGACCUCAGGGAGGCAAAGGCUUUCAGGGGGUGGCAGGAGGAUUGGGGGAUUCAGGUCUCCCAGGCCCGACAGGAAUCCGUGGAGAGUUCGGUGAAAGGGGUCCGACCGGAGCUUCAGGAGCCAAAGGAGACAUGGGCAUCGGAGGAAGUGACGGUUUACCAGGAGAGAACGGAGAACCUGGUCCCUUUGGACCAGUGGGACAAAAAGGAGAGUCUGGAAAACGUGGUGAGCUGGGACCGAAGGGCGUGACGGGUCCUCAGGGAGAGCUCGGUUCCAGAGGGCCUCCAGGAAAACAAGGGAUCAUGGGUUUCCAGGGAGAACAGGGUCUGCCCGGGAUCUCAGGAAAGACAGGUGUACCUGGUAAACUGGCGAGCGAGCAGCAGAUCAGAGAGCUGUGUGGCUCCAUGAUUGAUGAUCAGAUAGCCCAGCUGGCCGCUAACCUGCGAAGACCCCUGGCCCCUGGCAUGGUGGGCCGCCCGGGCCCUGCUGGGCCUUCAGGAACCCCAGGAGUAUCUGGGUCUACUGGGCAUCCAGGCACUCGUGGACCACCAGGGUACCGAGGUCUGCCAGGAGAGCUGGGAGACCCUGGGACCAGAGGUGAUGUUGGUGAACAAGGUGACAAGGGACCCGUUGGUAAAGCCAUUGAUGGGCCAACUGGAGACCAAGGAUACCAAGGUCUUCCUGGAGUUCCUGGAAUCGUCAAAGAUGGUCGCGAUGGAUCUGUAGGAGAUCCAGGUGAGCCUGGAGAGUCAGGCAGGGUAGGUAGGACUGGGCACCAGGGACCUCCUGGUAUCUGUGAUACAACGGCCUGCCAGGGAGCAGCAGCCGCUGGGAAAUCCUCCAACCCCAAAAACCAUUAA